AUGACUUACUCAUCCAGCGGGCCUUCACUCGCUCAGGUCCUGGAUAUGGAUUUGGAUAUGGAUCAGGAUUCCCCCAGCAGGAAUAGGGAUAGGGAUAAUAUCCAUGUCGAUCAAUCGCCAUCAACCCUGUCUGGCUCAAAAUCACCUUCCUUUUCCUCCUCGGAUCUGUCCGAACUGCAAUCGUUCCAACAUCAUCACUCUCGCUCUGCUUCAAAUCAUCGCCACGUCCACUCUCGUUCCACCAAAACCGAAAAGUCAAUCACUCACAAUAUCCUCCACCGAGCCCAUCUUCAAUUGCAUCGACUCGAAACAGUUGAUGGUAAAAACACCGACGAACCAGCCGAUCACAGUCAUUCCCAGCUCCACAAGACCGGCCACCAUUCCCAUCACUCUCACCAGCGUCUACAUCGAAGCAUUUCGCCAGCCAGCCUCCGCCAGCGCGCUGCCACGCCCGACAACGCUCACGCUGACCCCAAUGCCGUAAAACCUCGUGCUGAGCAGGACCUUUUCACCCAGGUUGUCCAGACUGUGUCGGUUAUCCAGGUUGUCGACGCGGCCGGCUCACCCAUCGAAGUCCAAACACACUUUGCACCACCUGCCACCGUCGUCGUGGAUUCUGCCUCGGGCAUCACCGUCGCCGCCAUUUCAGACCCGGAGCCCAAGCUGUCCGCGGCGGCCGUGGCGUCGGAUCCAGCUCAAGCUCCAGCUGCAGCUGAGAGCUACAAUGUCCCGUCACCACCUGCUGCCGCCCCGACCGCCGUGGAAACACCCGGCUUGACCAAUCCGUUACCGUCUGCGCAAAUCCCAGAUGCGACCGUAUCUGAUUCAGUCCCUGAGCCUGUAAAUGACACAACAGUGCUUCCUACAGCCGACCUGCCAUCCGACCUGGUCCCUCCAACCAACCCUGUGACGUCUGCUGACCCUGAUUUCGCGAGUCAAGAGACAACGUCACCAGCUGCGCCCACUACCGAUGUUGACACAACGGUUACGGAUGCUAGUGGGUCGGAGACUCUCGUAACCACCGAUGACAUUAGCGCUACCACCACAGAUGAACCGACAACUCAAAUAGAGACCACCACAUCCGACUUGACAUCGGAAACAACACAGGCCACGGAAGAGACUUCAGAAGCAACUGCUGAAGCCACCACGGACGUGACCCAAUCCGAAUCAAAUCCUUCAACAACGACAACAACAAUACCAACGACAUCAAACACAGCUUCACGAGCUCGUAGCUCUUCCACCGUCAUCGUAGUAUCUUCCACCUUCGUUACCUCUUCCAUCAAUCCUACACUCUCGACACAAAGCUAUUCCGAUUCGGUCUACUCGAGCAUCUCUGCAGAAGAAACCUGGUCUUCAGGCUGGUGGGGAGCGGACGAUAGCGAAGGAAGUGCUGGAGGAGCUGCUGGCGACGCAACAGCUGACGGUCCACCCCCGGCACCAACAAACACAUCAACCACCAACGAUACAGAUACUGGUACCCUUUCCCCUCAGCAAAAACAAGUGAUUGGUGGUGUUGUGGGCGGCGUAACGGGUGUGGCGUUCUUGGCGUUCUUCGUCCUGUUUGCUCUCAGGUACAAGAAGAAGCAUCCUGAAGGCGGUAUACUCGGAGGGAACCUGUCUGCGACACGAUCAAUCGGCGGCCCCACGCCUGGCCCUGACGGCGGAUCAAUGGCGGAGCGCUCCAGUGCAUCUACUGCUGUGACUGCCGUUCUCGCGGGAUUGAUAGGCAAAAAGCAACAGCAGCCCGCCGAGCCUGCUCCUGCUAGUGAGAGGGGAUUCUAUCGUGUUUCAGGAAAGAAACUGCCUUCCGUCCUCCAAGCAGGCGGCGACGGCUACUCUGAUCCUCGAACUGGACCUCCUCCAUCUGCUGGUCGAGCGAAUCGAGAAAGCGUCAUGAGCGGCACCUCCGACUACUGGAGAGGUUCCAUGGCAUGGGAUCCCAGCCAGCAAGAAUCCCAUCAUCUUGCUCUUGGAACACCGAUGAGGCCUAUAAGUGGCGUACCAGUCAUCCGAUCAGGCCCGGCACGUACUCCGGUCACAGAGUCAAAUCCCUUCACUGAUCCUCCGAAGCCGAAACCCGAAGGGGAUGGCCUCGGAGGCUCAACGGGGGCAGGAUCUGUCACUUCUCGUGAUGGAUCCUUUGGCUCGCCAUCGAGAUUCCAGGAGCGGAUAUGA